AGACGGCCAAUCAAAAUACGACACAUCACCAUAUCUAUUCCGCGAAGCAGCGGAACCCGACCCUCCCUUCUCCGGUUCUUUUAUGUUCUCUGGCUUGAGUUUCCUUCUUGCAUCAGUUUUCAUCUGAUCCUUCGCAGUUCGUCGUCGUGCUAAAAAAAUUUGUCGAAAAUGGGUACUGAAUUUAGAGCUGGUUUGGUCACUUCCUUUCUGUUUCUGCUUCUUUCCCAUGUGGUGAUUUCCACACCCAAUGAUGGGUUGGUCAGAAUUGGACUGAAAAAGAUGAAAAUAGAUCAAACUUGUCAUCUGAAUAGAAGAAGUAAUGGAACGCCGGGAGGUACGAUUAGGAAGUAUCAUUUACGCAGUAAUCUUGGGGAGUCUGAGGACACUGAUAUCGUUGCACUAAAGAACUAUAUGGAUGCUCAGUAUUUUGGUGAGAUUGGUAUUGGAACUCCUGCUCAGAAGUUCACUGUGAUAUUUGACACUGGAAGUUCUAAUCUUUGGGUGCCCUCAGCAAAGUGUUAUUUCUCGGUUGCUUGCUAUUUACAUCCCAAGUACAAGUCUAGCCAGUCAAGUACAUACACAAAGAAUGGCAAAUCUGCGGCAAUCCAGUAUGGCACUGGUGCAAUUUCAGGUUUCUUCAGCCAGGACCAUGUCCAAGUUGGCGAUCUUGUUGUCCAGGAUCAGGACUUUAUUGAGGCAACCAAAGAGCCUGGCGUCACGUUCGUGGCUGCUAAGUUUGAUGGUAUUCUUGGACUUGGUUUCCAAGAGAUCUCAGUCGGAGAUGCUGUUCCUGUCUGGUAUAAUUUGGUCAAUCAAGGUCUUGUUAAAGAACCAGUUUUCUCAUUUUGGUUAAAUCGCAAUACUGAAGGGGAAGAAGGGGGUGAGAUUGUCUUUGGUGGGGUUGAUUCUAGUCAUUUCAAGGGUGAGCAUACAUAUGUUCCCGUGACUCAAAAAGGCUACUGGCAGUUUGAUAUGGGUGAUGUCUUAAUUGGUGGUGAAUCAUCUGGAUAUUGUGCAAGUGGUUGUUCAGCAAUUGCGGAUUCAGGAACCUCCCUAUUGGCUGGGCCAACGACUGUUAUAACUCAAAUCAAUCAUGCCAUUGGAGCCUCUGGUGUUGUAAGCCAGGAAUGUAAGAUAGUGGUUGAACAGUAUGGGAAAACCAUUAUAGAAAUGUUGGUAGCCAAGGCACAACCCCAAAAGAUCUGCUCUCAAAUUGGUUUCUGUACUUUUGACGGAACUCGUGGUGUGAGCACGGGGAUUGAAAGUAUGGUGGAUCAGAAACAAGAAAAGAAAUCUGAUGGCGUGCAUGAUGCUACAUGUGCUGCUUGUGAGAUGGCAGUGGUGUGGAUGCAGAAUAAGCUAAUGAAAAAUCAGACGGAGGAGCAGAUCUUGGAUUAUGUCAAUCAGCUCUGUGAACGACUUCCCAGUCCCAGUGGAGAAUCAGUAGUAGAGUGUGAUGCUCUAUCUUCAUUGCCCAGUGUCUCAUUUACCAUUGGUGCUAAAGUAUUUGACCUUGCUCCAGAACAGUACGUUCUCAAAGUUGGGGAGGGAGUCGCAGCUCAAUGCAUCAGCGGAUUCAUAGCUUUAGACAUCGCACCUCCUCGUGGACCACUGUGGAUUUUGGGAGACGUUUUCAUGGGUAAGUAUCACACCGUGUUCGACUACGGAAACUCGUCAGUUGGAUUUGCAGAAGCAGCUUAGACGCAGGGCUGAUUCUAUAUUUUCUGCUUGCCUACUUUUGUAUGUAAUCUCUACUUACAUCACAAAAAGUUAGAUACAAUGGAAGUUGUUUAUGUGAUGGAUGAUGGACACGAUCCUUGGAUAAUCUUGCAUCUGUGAAUAAAUCAGGACAAGAUUUGCUAACUUCUGUACAAGAAAACUUGGUAUUGCAAUAUAUACAUGGUGUUGAAAUUGACAA